UUGCAUUCAUUCCACUUGCAAGUUUUUCCACCGCAACACGUGAAUUAGUCUCAUAGCAUCGGAUUACCCACAGUGCCCCAUAGUUCCCAACUGCGAAGAAACAGAUCAACGGACAGCAUCUUCAAUUAAAGCAUUCACCCCGUCGAGAUUUAAACCAAAACAGUCAAAAUGUGCGAUGAUGAUGCUGCUGCGCUCGUUGUUGACAACGGAUCCGGCAUGUGCAAGGCCGGCUUUGCUGGUGAUGAUGCCCCACGUGCUGUUUUUCCUUCCAUCGUCGGGCGUCCGCGCCACCAGGGUGUGAUGGUCGGUAUGGGAAACAAGGAUUCCUACGUCGGUGAUGAGGCUCAAUCCAAACGUGGUAUCCUCACUUUGAAGUAUCCAAUCGAGCACGGUAUCAUUACCAACUGGGAUGAUAUGGAGAAGAUCUGGCAUCACACCUUCUACAACGAGUUGCGUGUUGCUCCAGAAGAACAUCCAGUUCUGCUCACCGAGGCUCCACUGAACCCAAAGGCAAACCGUGAGAAGAUGACUCAGAUCAUGUUUGAAACCUUCAACUCUCCGGCCAUGUAUGUUGCCAUCCAAGCCGUCCUGUCCCUGUAUGCCUCCGGUCGUACCACCGGUAUUGUGCUGGAUUCCGGUGAUGGUGUCUCCCACACUGUCCCAAUCUACGAAGGUUAUGCUCUGCCACAUGCUAUCCUCCGUCUGGACCUCGCUGGUCGUGAUCUGACUGAUUACCUGAUGAAGAUUCUGACUGAGCGCGGUUACUCUUUCACGACCACCGCUGAGCGUGAAAUUGUCCGCGACAUCAAGGAAAAGCUGUGCUAUGUCGCGCUCGAUUUCGAGCAAGAAAUGGCCACCGCUGCCGCUUCCACCUCCCUUGAGAAGUCAUAUGAACUUCCCGACGGUCAAGUCAUCACCAUCGGUAACGAACGUUUCCGCUGUCCGGAGGCCCUUUUCCAGCCAUCCUUCCUGGGUAUGGAAUCUUGUGGAAUUCACGAAACCGUCUAUAACUCGAUCAUGAAGUGCGACGUUGACAUCCGUAAGGAUUUGUACGCCAACACUGUCCUGUCCGGUGGUACCACCAUGUACCCAGGUAUUGCCGAUCGUAUGCAGAAGGAAAUCACUGCGCUUGCCCCGUCAUCGAUUAAGAUCAAGAUCAUUGCACCACCAGAGCGCAAGUACUCCGUCUGGAUCGGUGGAUCAAUUCUUGCCUCUCUGUCCACCUUCCAGGCCAUGUGGAUCUCCAAGCAGGAAUACGAUGAAUCCGGUCCAUCCAUUGUCCAUCGCAAGUGUUUCUAAACCUUCCCUAUGAUUAAUUAACCAAAGAUGCAGGUAAUAAGUAUUCUAGCUUGCCGCUCACCAACUGAAGGUGAUGAUUUGCAAAAUCAUUGAACCCAACCAAUAAUUAUCUGAUUUGAUAGUAAUAAGUCAAAACGAAAGUGUGUUUCAAACUAUUGUAGAUUAGAAAAGACACCCGUACUUGUGAUAUUCGAAAAUCAGUUCAAUUGGUUUACAAGGAUAAGCGAUGUGAAAAACAGAACAUGAGCUGAACUCCUAUUCACAAGAUUCGAAAUUAAGAUGUGAUCUCAAGUCGUCUCUUGCAUAGUCCUGUAAUUGCGUGUAGGUUAAACUAGUGUAAUUAGUGGUUUAAACUAGUCUAAUUAUAUGCUAAUAAAAAUUAAACUCACUUUUUGAAUGGUAACCA